GAAGUACAGUGUAAGGGUCUAGGGCUGACGAGGCUAUAAAUACAGCAAGAGGUCGCUUCGCAGGACUUCUGAGCGGUCCGCAGCCAUGAGUGAGGUGAUUUAGCAGCACCACCGGCGGUUCCCGAUGUGAAGCAGCUCUAUGCAUGUACCUCUGUGCGCUUCUGUUCCGGCUCCGCACUUCUCCGCAACCCUGGAAGCGCUGUGCUCCGUUAACCCCAUCAGGGUGGCAGGCAGUCAUUGUGCUUGCUCAAGGCUCCGAGAGGAGUGCUAUCCCGGAUGUCAGCUGUGCUGUGCCCGCAGGAUCAUGAAGGAUUCAGGCGAUCAGAUAAGACCAAGAGAUACCAGGGGACCCAGUGCGUAUAUCCCUGUGUCACAGUUGCCUCGACCAGUUGUGAGUGAUAACAUCGCAGCAGUAAUGGGGCUCCAUCCAGAAUAUCUGAGGAUAUUCUGGAAGACCCAGCAUCAGCUUUUGCGUAUGGAUGGAGCGCUGCCCCUUCCAGAGAGGCACUACGUGGCCAUCAUGGCAUCUGCUCGACACCACUGUGUGUAUUUAGUUUCACUUCAUUCAUCAUGCUUUCUUCAAGUUGGUGGGGAUCCUCGUUGGUUGGAAGGACUGAGCUUUGCACCUCUCAAGCUGCGCAGACUAAAUGAUCUAAAUAAAUAUCUUGCUCAUAGGCCAUGGCUGAUAACCAAAGAACACAUUGAGUGUCUUCUAAAAUCUCCAGCUGGACAUGCCUGGUCUCUUGCAGAGUUGAUCCAUGCCCUUGUUCUGCUCACCCACUUCCAUGCACUCGCCUCGUUUAUUCUUGCUUGUGGCAUCUACCCUCCAGAAGGAAAGGAAGGCAUUCAGCGGGCCCCUUCCCCUGAUGUCACAAUUAGCGAGGGAACCAGCACUCCACAAGAAGCAGAGCGUGUUUUGGCUCAGAUUAAGAAACUGGAUCAGGAGGCUCAAGAGGCAAGUGAACAAGAGAAGGAGACUAGAUUUGAACGGGAGAAGAGAGAAUGUGCAAUGGUCACUACUAAUGAUGAUCCGGUUCAUUCUGUCUACUCCCCAAGUGUCCUCUGCUUCCUGGAUGACGCAGAUUUUGGCUACAUUGACUUCACUCGAAGAGGGGAGCAGACUCCUCCUACAUUCCGUGCUCAUGACUACACAUGGGAAGAUCAUGGAUACUCCCUAUUGCAUAGAUUGUAUCCAGAGGUUGGUCAGUUGCUGGAUGAAAAGUUCCAAGUAGCCUACAAUCUGACAUAUCAUACCAUCGCUUCACACCAAGAAGUAGACACUUUCAAAUUGCGUAGAGCCAUCUGGAACUAUAUCCAGUGCAUUUAUGGGAUCAGGUAUGAUGAUUAUGACUACGGUGAGGUGAAUCAGCUUCUGGAGAGGAGCUUGAAAGUUUAUAUGAAAACUGUGACUUGCCAUCCAGAGAGGGUGACACGCCAACUAUAUAAUGACUUUUGGAGGGAAUUUAAGCAUUCGGAAAAGGCCCACUUGAACUUGCUUUUGCUUGAAGCCAGACUACAAGCUGCUCUGCUAUAUGGCCUUAGAGCAAUAACCCGUUACAUGACGUGACCAGGGACAUGGAAUUGGUGCCAUUCAAGGUGGUAUUAAUCCCAUCGCUGCUGCAUUUCUAAUGCAUAAUUUGCACAAUUGAGGAGCAAACUUGAGUGAUCUUCAAAUUUUAAGGAGUGCUGCCCACCAACUCACUCUUGUUUCCUGUUGUGGGCAUGACCUCUUUAUAGUGUGAACUCAGCUGCCCAGUAUAGUACUGUGCACAGCAAUACUUUUGUGUAUGUACAAUGUAUGUUAUUGUAUAUAACUGUUUACAUGUUGUGACGCUUUGUAGCUAUUAAUGUUGUACAUUGAAAAAUUAAUCUUAUGUGGUAUGGGCCAGUUUUUGUUCAGUUUACAUGGAUCUCAAACUCUGGACCACUUCUCAAGAGCUUCAUCCUCAUGCCUGUGGGAAUCUAUCAUCUGACUUCUAGCCAAAUAAGUCGUCAUUAGGGGAUGUCCCGUUUCAAACACCACUUUUUAUCCUUUUAGGCCUUUUUUUUGUUAGGAGGCCUUAAAAGAUUUGCACAUUUUAAGGGCAUCUGUUUGCCUACAUGUUCUAAAAUAAUAUUUCUCAAUAAGGGGCUUGUCCUGCAAUUCAAUAUUUGUUAGAUGAUGCAGUGUAAACAAUGCGGCUGUUACAUGAUAGUUAUGGCAUCCUCUGGUCUUUAGAUUGUCUCUCAGAAGGUUGUCUACAUCACGUGUCCCAAGUGCUGGUAAGAAGCCAUUUCUUAGUAUGCUGAUUCCUACUGGCUGUGUUCUAUAGUAGCAUGAAUCAACCUGCUACCCAUGUACAAGAGGAUCCAGGAUGUUUGACAAACCUGCUGGCAUGUGUGACA